AUGGCGCCGCCGUCGCCGCUAGUCGACGACGCCACCGCCGAGAUCCUCCUCCGCCUCCCACCGGACGAGCCCAAGCACCUCUUCCGCGCCACCCUCGUCUGCAAGCGGUGGCUCCACAUCAUCUGCGACCCCGGCUUCCUCCGCAGCUACCGCGCCUUCCACGGUGCCCCUCCCCUCCUCGGCCUCCUCCACCGUCUCAUGUUCUGCCAAUUGGGCCCGCCCACCCCCCGCUUCGCAUCCACCACCUCCAUGCCCGACUUCCCCUAUCCGGCGUCCUCCGACAAUACUUUUUUCUCCCCUCUGUCCUCCCUCCGCAGUCUCUCUCUCUCCACUGCAGUGAGAGGAAGGAACAUCGGCGCCGCCGCCGACCUCAAUCGGCCCCGUCGCCGGCAGCAACCCACGAAUCGAGCUCGCUGGCGGCGGUGUCCGAUCGGAAGGAGAGAGGAACAGCCGUGCGAGGAGGUGGGGCCAUCUCCAUCUGUACCGGGUCACCGGCCAGCUGAGGGAAAGAAAGAAGAGGGUGCUGCGACAGAUAGGAUGGAACCUGUUGAGAUUCCCCAAGGGGUUGAUGCCAGGCCUGGGUGUUCUUUGACACCAACUGACCCUGUGUCCAAGGUGCUCAGUGAUGAUGACCUCCUAAUCGAGAUCCUCCUCCGCCUCACUCCGAAGCCAUCCUCCCUCCGCAACGCCUCCCUCAUCUACAAGCGAUGGCGCCGCAUCCUCUUCGACCCCCAAUUCCUCGGGCGCUUCCGCAAACACCAUUGGAAGCUCCUCGGCUUCUUCUACCAACAAUUUAAUGAAGCACCCAUCUUCACUCCAAUUUCGGACCAGUUGGACCUCAUCGCCGUAGCGUUGCCGGAGAACCUGUCUGGUCCUUAUUCUCUAGGUGGCGUCUUCCUUGGCUGCCGCGAUGGCAUCACCCUCGUCCUCGACCGCGCACGCCAUAAGGCCAUCAUUUGGGAACCCACCACCGGGGGCAAAAACCAUGUGACUUUUCCACCAGCAGUCAGUCAUGGCUUCGAUACCUCUGUUGUGAGCGCAGCGGUGAUGUGUUCUGCCCGCGACGUGCAUCAGCACUUGCACAACGAGAACUGCUUGAACACAUUCAAACUGGUACUGGUGUGCCAGGAAGAUUUCGCUAACCAAACAAAGGUGUCUGUUUGCCUCUACGACUCCAAGUCUAAUACAUGGGGAGAUAUUAUAUCCAUAACGGGUACAUGCAAGAUUGCUAAUGUGGCAAGGCCCAGCGUCAUAGUUGGGAAUGCACUUUACUGGUUGCUCUCUGGAGCAAACAUCCUUGAGUUUGAUUGUGAAAGGCAGACCCUUGUUGUAAUUGAGAAGCCGACAACAUAUGCCCAUGUUACUGGUUCUAGCGUCGACAUGUCCUUCCAGAUCUUACGAGGAGAGUAUAAUUGCCUUGGCCUUGCGGUUCUUUCAAAGUUAAAACUGAGCAUUCAGUUAUGGGGGAGGAAGUCAAAUGGUGAUGGUAUUGUCUCAUGGGUGCUGCAGAAAUGUGUUCAACUGGAUGAGCUCUUUUCAAGACCCGCACGCAGGAAAAAUGUCAUCCUCUUGGCAGGCUAUGAUGAGGACACAAAUGCGAUAUUUCUGUCUUCGGAUUCUCAUGAUUUCAUCCUGCAGCUCGAGUCGGUGCAGUUCAGAUAUAUUGGAAGGAGAGAAUGCACACACUUCCGAAUGUAUUAUCCGUAUACAAAUUUCUACAUUGCAGAGAGGCCACCUCAGUCUUGGAUCAAAGAAGAGUGAGCUGCAUCGUGGCAACUUGGUCCGUCGGCAUAAAAUCUGUCUUAGAGAAGCAAGUGUAGUAGUAUCCACAAGCCGUGUUUUCAGUCGGUUGUUUAUUGCGUACUGAAUUAGAAUGCUCUAUUUAACUGGUUCAGGUGCUCCUAUAUUUGCUACGAAAUCCUAACUAUUUGCGAUAAUCUUUGUACGGUUAUGUUUGGAAAUACCUGCUACCAACCUGUAUUGCAUGCCAA